AUGUCGAGGCGCACGGGCACAACCAACUCAGGUCCCAAAGAGCCUGCGGGCCAACCCGAGGAGAAGACUCAAUCGAAGCAGGUAAUGCUGCUAUCGGAAGACGCGGGGCACUUUAGUUUGAUCAGGGCGCUACAUCUCGCCGACCUGAUCACUGAACUCAAUGGAUUCUGUGGAUUUAUGUCUGUCCUGUCUUCGAUGCGAUACUGUCUCUCUGACCCUGGCGAUCUGACGAAUCUAUGGCUGGCAUUCGCCUUUAUGCCAUUUGGCCUGUUCUUCGAUUUCUUCGAUGGCAAAGUUGCUCGAUGGAGAAAGAAGUCAUCUCUGAUGGGUCAAGAGCUGGACUCCCUGGCUGAUUUGGUAACGUUUGGUGUGGCUACCGCAGCCGCUGGCUUCGCGAUUGGCUUUCGCACCUCUGUCGACCAGAUACUCCUGAGCUUCUACGUGCUCUGUGGAUUGACAAGAUUGGCACGGUUCAACGUAACAGUCGCAAUGCUACCAAAGGACAAAUCCGGAAAGUCCAAAUACUUUGAGGGAACCCCGAUUCCGUUCGCUUGCUUGACGACUUCGAGCGUCAUGGCCACCUUCACCUUUCUGGGCCUGAUACACGACACUCUCCCUCUGGGCACCUGGUUUACGGGGACCGCGUUGGAGUUUCACCCAGCAGCGGCGAUGUUUAUCGUCAAUGGCUGUUUGAUGACGAGCAGAACUUUACAUGUCCCGAAGCCAUAA